AUGAAAGCCCGCUCCAGCAAUAGUGAAAUGAGCGCAAAUGCAGGAGACAGUAUCACAUCGUUGAGCUUUGUUGUGAAAUCUGGAAGGAAUGAAACAUUUGAUUUUUUCAGCAAGAAGUCUUUAGCGCCCAGAACAACAACUGACUUGGAUACAAACCCAGUGCUCAGUAAUAUUUCCCUUCCGACCACGGUCCCUUUAGAAGCACCAAAAGUGGGUGGGCAGGAGAGGCUAGGCUUUAAAGGUGCGGGAGGGGAAACUUCAGCAGGUACAAGCUCUAAACGGUCUUCCCUGCAGCUCCCCCCUCAUUCGAUCCAGACCGAUGUUGAAGUUGACCGUGAUGAUGAAAUAGUCAAAGAUCCGGAAAUAAAUCGCAAGUCAGAUUGUUACAGCCCUGAUGGGUCAAUAACUGACUUUGAACAAAGCUCCUUGAUUCAAAGACCAUAUCCCAUGCCCCUCGAAAGCAGCGCCCGAAACAAACGGGCUAGCAUAUAUCAAGCGAAGUACAAUGGUGCCAUACCCAUCCGAGGGUUUAGUCAUGCUUCACAUACACAGCAUAUCGAAAACGAUGAUAAGGUAUCCGUUAAGAGUUUUUCUUCAACUUUAACUGCCUCAUUCUCUAAGAGCUUCUUAUUCGGCUUCUAUAACAACUACAAAAACGCAGGUAAGAUCCCGAAAAGCGUUCUCUCGAAAGAAUACUGGAUGAAAGAUGAGAGUGCCAAGGACUGCUUUGCUUGCACGAAACCUUUCACCACCUUUAGACGCAAGCACCAUUGCAGAAUAUGUGGUCAAAUUUUCUGUAGUUCGUGCAGCUUCCUCAUCGAUGGUAGAAAGUAUCAGCACGCGGGUAGAAUGAGAGUAUGCCGCAAUUGCCAUGCUCAUUUCGAUUCAUUGGAAGACUCCAGUGACGAGUCAUCGAUCGAGGAGCUCGAGAGUGCUCAGCAGUCUGUUGGGUAUUCCCCGGAGAAGGGAUUCCGGAAUCCCGACGUUCUGCUACUGAAAGACGAUGAAGUUCAAAGCAUACUUACCACUGGUGAAGGUGCCAACCUAUUUCGCUCAACACCACCUCCUCCCCCCAAAAUGGCCAUCCCCGCCACAAGGAAAGGAGGUUCCCUCGAGAUAACAGUACCCAGCAUGAGUAGUUUAAAUGCCAGCGAAGGGUCUUUGAGACAACGGUCAAGCUUAAGGGACCGAUAUACAAUUAGAGAUGUUGAUAUACUUCAACCUUUUAGUAAGGAAGAAAAUGGUAAGCCCCCCUCGUCCACACGCUCUCAUCACGGAGGGCACCCGACCUUUCCUCAAAUUUCUAAUUUAAAGCAUUCCAUUUCAAGUUACAUUUCUAACGCAUCUACAGAAGCAAACCACUCGAAGAGUCAACAUUCCUCUAAUUCAGUUAUUGCGAAUCUUUCGAAUAACGAUUUCAAAUUCGAAUUCAAUUACGGAGUGAAGAAUUUCCAGGACUUUUUAAACACCACUAAUGCAGAUCAGAGCCACCACGAACGUGGGCAAGCUAAGAGGAUUGAAUCUUCUCCUGUUUUGGCCUCAUAUCAAAACCCGCUUUACAUUGAUUCGCACACUGGGUAUAGUGACGAAGAAUCUGAAGACGAGCGCUCAAUGUCAUUGUAUGCUGCCCUGAAUGAAUCGCAUCAAGACUCGCAUUAUGCGAGGCCAACGAGAAACGGUACGAAGUCACUACAGAGGGCACAAGCUUCACUCCAAAGAAUGAGAUCUCGCAGGAAAAGUAAGAGCCGUGCUCAUCUGGGCCAAAAUGUUAGCCGAAAACAAUUCGAAUUUUUGAAUCAUAGUAGCCCCAAUCUGAACUCUACUGGAAGCCAAGAAGAUUACUUUAGUGGCUCUCAUGAUUCAAAUAGCAACUCAGCUCGAACAAAGCCACGAAAUGAUCUGACAUCUUCACGAGAUAUGAGGCGAAUUAUAUCAACUGCAUCGGUUUUGAGGAUGAAAUCUCAGGGAAGUAAAACAGAGCUUAGUGAAGUUUCUCAGUUGCAUAUGAACGCGUUACUCAGGCAAGUUUUAAAUGAUCAAAAUGUAGAUAACGUGGUGGGCUGGAUCAAAGCGUUUGGACCAAUCCUCGAGGCAUUACAAGGAAUCCGACUAGAUGCAAGAAAUCAAAAUGGCCUGGACUUUAAGCAACAUCACAUCAAGAUCAAAAGAAUUGAUGGGGCUACAAUCGAUGAAUCCAAAUUUAUAAAUGGUUUGAUUUACUCUAAGAAUCUUCCUCUGAAAACGAUGCCACGGUUAGUUAAAUCACCUAGGAUUCUUCUAAUCAUGUUCCCAUUGGAAUAUCAGAAAAACGAAAAUCAUUUUUUGAGUAUUGAUUCAGUUUUGGCUCAGGAAAGGGAAUAUCUUAAGAAAUUAGUUCUGCGACUAACCUCUUUGAACCCUGACCUGAUUUUAAUCGGUGCCAAUGUCAGUGGUUAUGCUCUAGAAUUAUUAAACGAGGCUAAAAUUGUAGUUCAGUUCAAUAUGAAACCCCAAGUUAUAGAACGCGUCGCAAAAUUGACGGAUGCGACCAUUGCAAUUACGGUAGACAAAUUGGCGACGAACAUGAAACUUGGCACUUGCGCCUCCUUCGAGGUCAAAGCAUUUCGCUACAGUAACCUUGUCAAAUCAUACACAUUCCUUGAAGGGUGUAAACCUUCGAUGGGUGGUACGAUUCUUUUAAGAGGUUCAAGCUCAGACGUCUUAAGAAAGAUUAAAGACAUAACAGAAUUCAUGGUUUAUUCCGUUUUUUCUUUGAAGCUCGAAAGUUCAUUUUUCAGUGACAAUUUUCUGCAGCUGUCUGUCGGAGACUAUGAGCGAUUCUCAAAUGAGAGAAUGGAACCGUCUUUACCAGGCUACUUCAGCGACUUUGUUGACAAAUUUCAUCAACGAAUAUUAUCGAUUUCGCCAACGGUCGAGUUCCACAUACCAUUUCUUCUUGAAAAGGCUCGUACUUUGGAACAAGAAUUACUAAAGAAGGAGAACCAGGGUGAAUUUCUCUUAACCAAUUAUGCUGAAAACAGUAGCAGUGUCAAUAGGACUAUUCAAGGCUUAGGAAUAGAGCCUGCGUUGACUAACAAUGAUAUCAAAAAUCUUGUAAAAUUUGUUCACGAUAAAGAAGUUGAGGACUUGAAAGGACUCCUAAAGUGGAGAAGCCGGCAGUGGGAACUUUCUUAUGCUCUUUCUAAAAACAUGCUAGGUACUGGUACACAUCAGAGCAUAAAUGUUUUAUAUUCGAUGAUUUCGAAGAAAACGGCAACUCCCUGUGUUGGGCCUCAGCUAGUGACAAUUGAUUACUUCUGGGACACGGAUAUUUCUAUCGGGCAGUUCAUAGAAAAUAUCGUGGCCACGGCCGAUUAUCCUUGUGCGCAUGGCUGUGAUGCCUUGCUUAUUGACCAUUUCCGAAGCUACGUUCACGGUACAGGGAAAGUCGAUGUGCUAAUUGAGCAAUUUCAAAGUCGUUUGCCAUCACUAAAGAAUAUUCUGCUUACCUGGAGUUAUUGUAAAAAUUGCAACAGUUCUUCCCCGAUUCUCCAGAUGAGCGAAAAGACCUGGAAUUAUUCUUUUGGGAAAUAUCUAGAACUAAUGUUCUGGAGUAAGAGUGAGGGAAUCAAAACUGUAGGGAAUUGCCGACACGAUUUCGCUAAGGACCAUGUUAAGUAUUUUGGUUUCAAUGAUCUGAUGGUGAGAAUGGAAUAUUCUGAUGUUGAGGUACAUGAACUGAUAACACCGCGCUCCAAAAUCACCUGGAAGCCAAACAUUGAUAUUAAACUCAAAGUUGAAUUGUAUUAUCAAAUUUUGGAGAGAAUCAAUAAUUUCUAUGGUAGCGUUAGUGACAGACUGGUAAGAGUUAAGCUGGACGGCAUACCUAGUGAGCGUGUAACUGACGGGGAAGGCAAGAUAAAGGAACUCAAAGAUCGCGCAUCUGAAGAAAAGCUCGAACUCACGGAUCAAACUGAUAGUAUCUAUCGAAAUACCCCAGGAGACCAGCAUCUUGUUCUUAACGAGAUCAUAAGAUCUUUGCAUAAUAAUGCCGCUGGCUGGGACCUAGAGUUCAUCGAAUUUGAAAAGACAUUUCUACCAUCUGAAAGGGAUGUAGCACGAAUAACUGCAGUUCAGUUAAAGAAACUUUUCAGCGACGCAGUGAAAGACGAGCAAGAGCAAAGAGUACUGGCAAGAAAUUCAGUGAGCGAAGAUUUCGAUCAGCGUACGAUCCGUGGGCACCUAGAUAGCACAUUAUCCGACGACUUGGUAACUUGUCCAGAUUUGAAGAUUGAUCUCACUGAACAGACACAUGAACAACUUCCUCGAAUGCCUCGUCCACCAAUGGUCCACCACAGAACCGCACCAGCCCUAGAGAAGUUUCCGAAAACAAACCUGCUCCAUCUGCCCAAAGAUGACAUAUUUGUCGGUGACAAUUGUUCUACUGAGCGUAUUUCUUGGGCAUCUCAACAGAAAACUAGUAGAACUUCCUCGGUGUUAUCGGACGGUGCUCCUAAGGUUUCUCAGUGUAUGCGAAGUUAUAGCACGGGUAGUGAGAAAAGCAACAACACCUUAAAUACCAAGGAACAUAGUUCUGGUGGGAAGGUGGGGCAGUUGGCUAGCUUUUUUGAUCAGAUUCAUUUCGACGCUCUCUCCAGAGAAUUUGAACUACAAAGGGAAUUUGAAAGACUGCAACUUAAUAAAAACAAGUAUAAGGCUUUAAGGGUGGAGCCAUCUAAGCCUAUCGUUGAAAUCUACAAAAAUGUCAAAGAUGCUGUAGAUCGUCCCCUGCACACGGAAAAUCAAAAGAAGAAGCUCCCCUUUACAAAUCUGCGGCAUGAAUGGAAUGCUAAUGAGCAGGACGCACCCUCUACGAGCAAUGAACUAGGAAAUAAAUUGAAACACUCGAUACAUCAGUGGGGGGAACAAAUUCUCCGUAGUGACGGUGGGGACAAUAGUGGAAAGGUUAAAUCGUCUGCCGAUGACAAGGAACAAAGAGAUGCCGAUAGUGAGGUCGAAUCAAUUGCCACUACCCCUCACGUGAAGAUUGAGGAAUCCCACACCGCUUCUCAACCAGAAAGAUCCUCUCUAAUGAAGACGUUGGCGAACUUUUGGGCAGACCGAUCUGCAACCUUAUGGAAAUCUUUAGAUUAUCCUACUCUAUCAACAGAGCAUAUCUUUGUGGAUAGUCCGGUUAUCAUCCGCGAAGAUGAGCCGUGCUCUUUAAUUGCUUUCUGUUUGAGUUCUUCCGAUUACCUAAAUAAGAUGAAGCCUCAAGCUGCUGUCAGAAGAAAAAGCACCUCAGAACCCAAAUAUUCUACUUCACGUAACGAUCCACAUGAUAGUACAAAUUCCACAUGCUUGGACAGUGGGGUUAGCGACGAUGAAGAGUACCCUCAUGGCGAAACCUCAGCGGGCAAGCCAAUUUUAGAAAAAAAUGAUGCAAACGUUGAGACAAAUAUUGCAGCUGAAAAUGGUAAUGUGCGAGGACUGCAUUGCAAUAAUGAUGUGGGGCACGAUGAAUCUGUCGGAGAGAUCAGCCUUGAGUCUAUCAUGACCAAAAAAACAGCAAUGCAUCUCAGAUACCAGUUUCAGGACGGUACCUCCAUUAUGUCCUGUAAAAUAUUUUUUGCAGAACAAUUUGAUGCCUUCAGAAAGACUUGCGGAUGUGAAGACAAUUUUAUUCAAAGUCUUUCCAGAUGUGUGAAAUGGGAUUCAAGCGGUGGCAAAAGUGGUAGCGCUUUCUUGAAAACGUUAGACAAUCGAUUUGUUAUAAAGGAGCUAUCACACACUGAGCUAGACUCCUUUAUUAAAUUCGCCCCUAGCUACUUUGAGUACAUGGCUCAAGCGAUGUUUCACGACUUACCCACCGCUUUGGCAAAGGUGUUUGGUUUCUAUCAAAUACAAACAAAAAAUUCAGAAAGUGGUAGGAGCUUCAAAAUGGAUGUGCUAAUCAUGGAAAACCUAUUCUACAACAAAAAAACAUCUCGAAUAUUUGAUUUGAAAGGAUCAAUGCGAAAUCGGCACGUUAAGCAGACAGGCAAAGAGAACGAAGUGUUGUUGGACGAAAACAUGGUUGAGUACAUCUAUGAAUCACCAAUCUUUGUGCGAGAAUAUGACAAAAAGCUUCUGCGCGCUUCUUUGUGGAAUGAUACGUUAUUUCUGGCGAAAAUGAAUGUCAUGGAUUACUCUUUGGUUGUCGGUGUGGACAGCAAUGAUCACACUUUAACCGUAGGUAUUAUUGAUUUCAUCAGAACAUUUACCUGGGACAAAAAGCUCGAAAGUUGGGUGAAGGAACGGGGAUUUGUAGGUGGAAGCACCAAAGAGCCAACCGUUGUCACACCAAGACAGUACAAAAAUAGAUUCAGGGUUGCUAUGGAGCGCUAUAUCCUUAUGGUUCCUGACCCAUGGUUCCAAGAAAGUCACAAUUAG